ACAUUUACGUCUACGACAGAUAUUCUCACUGACUGAUAAGUGGCAAACGUGUUUAAUUUAUGUCAUACAUGGUGUCAUAUAUUGAUUGCAGCACCGUCAAAAUCAAUGCUUUUGCAACUGUCACAGUCACUUUGACAUACAUAAUCUGUCAAUUAUAAAAGGUAAAGAGCAAAAGCUCAGAGAAAACAACUAAAUCAUGAAAAACUAUAAUAAUUAUUUUUACAAUUCGUGUUAAAUAUAAUUUUAAUAGCUUAUCGACUCACCGUGUCCUACAAAUAUUUUAAUUACAACUAAAAACGACUAAUUGGUGUUGGUGUUAAAGUGAUAGUGUUAAUUGUUUACAUUUUGAGUUGAGGGAGUUUGAGCAGAUUCCAGCUGUGUUGCAACGGAAGUAUUUCCAUCAAUGGCAGAUGAUCCUAGUCCCUCACAAAUAUCAUCAGAGAUGUCGCGGGAUAACGGCGGUGCAGAAGGGGGCGGGGGCACGGGCCGCUCGCCGUCCCCGCCGCGAGCGCCGCCCGACUCUUCCUUCCACCACCAGAUUAUGCAGAGUCACAGUCCCAGAAAGAACCAUAUCGCGGAGAGGGCCAAACAGACAUUAGAGAAUAGUUUCCUGUUGCAAUUGAAGAAGCAGCAACAGUUACAGCAAGAGAUAUUGUUGCAGCACUUCCAGCAGCAACGGCAGCAGCUAGCCGAGCAGCACGAGCAGCAGAUCAGGCAUCAUUUAAAGUUAUGGGAGCAACAGAAGGCGAUGGAGGAGGCGGCUUUGCGCGAGGCGAGGGAGGCCAGAGAGGCCAGGGAGGCGAGGGAAGCGAGGGAAGCGCGUGACGUUCGCGAGAGAGGGGAUCUGCGCAAGAAGGACAAGCUCGAACAUUGCGCCACCGCCUCCACGCAGGUCAAGCAAAAGCUGCAGGAGUUUCUGAAGAAGAAACAGGCGGCCGCCACAGCCAACGGCGCGUUGCCCGGCUCGCCCUAUAGGAAUUGGGGCAUCGUGAAGUCGUCGUCGGGCGAGUCGAUGCCGUCGGGCGCCGCGGCGGGGGCGCACCCAUACCGUCUGCCCGCCCCGCUGGCCGCUCCGCUGCCGCUCACGCUUCCCGUGCCCGCCGCGCCCGACUACCCGCUCAGAAAAACCGCGUCGGAGCCCAACAUGCUGAAGGUGCGGCUGAAGGCGAGGGUCAUCGAGCGUCGAGCGUCGCCGCUGGCCCGCCGCCCCCUCAAGACGCGCCCGAAGCCUCGCAGUGAGUACGGAGCCCCGCUUUCGUCCGCGUGUGUCGCUCGUGGCUCACGACUGUUCUUUCGCGCAGACUGCGAAGCGGGGUCGCCGCGAGGCUCGCCGCCGGGCGCCGUGGGCAGCAGCACGCCCAUCCGCGAAGAGGAGGAGACGGGUCGCUCGCCCGAGCCGCUCUUCUCGUCGCCGUCGCUGCCCAACAUCUCGUUGGGGCGGCCCCUGGCGGCGCACUGCCCCCCGCCAGCGCCGCCGCCCGCGCUGCCGCCUCUCUGCGAAUCGGAACCCUACUGCGGCGCCGCGGCUCUGAGCGCGCGCCUGGCCAAGAGGCCCCUGGGGCGCACGCACUCGGCGCCUCUACCCCUCGGAGACCCCGCGCUGCACCCUCAUCUGCCGCACCACUAUUUGCGCGACCAAAUCAGGAAGACGGUGUUGACUCGCGCGCACGACGCGGCCGCCGCUCAACUGCGAGAGGAGGAGGGCGAGGUGAUCGAUCUCACGAGGAAGCCCUGCCCCGUCCCUCCGGCCGCGCCUCCCGCGCCGCCGCCGCCGCCCCUCGCCGCCGCGCCCCUCGCUCGCGCCCUCUCUUCGCCGCUGGUGGGGGCGCGGCAGCCGCCCACGGGGCUCGCCUACGACGCCCUCAUGCUCAAGCACGGCUGCUCGUGCGGCGCCCACGCGCCCACGCACCCCGAGCACGGCGGCCGCCUGCAGUCCGUUUGGGCGCGCCUCUGCGAGACGGGCCUCGCGGCGCGAACGGAGCGCACGCGCGCGCGCAAGGCGACGUUCGACGAGCUCGCGAGCGUGCAUUCGGAGGCGCACGUGGCGGCCUUCGCCGGCCGAGGCCGCGACGCCAAAGAGCCGCGCGGGCGCGCGCUGCGGCUCGUGCGCCUCGCGUGCGGCGGCCUCGGCGUGGACGCCGACACGCCCUGGAGCGAGGCGCACACGCCGGCCGCCGCUCGGCUCGCCGCCGGCGCGCUGCUGGACCUGGCGCUGCGCACGGCGCGCAACGAGCUACGCAACGGGUUCGCCGUCGUGCGGCCGCCGGGCCACCACGCCGAGCCCGACCAGGCGAUGGGCUUCUGCUUCUUCAACAACGUGGCGAUCGCGGCGCGCCAGCUGCGGAUGCGGCUCGGGCUGCGGCGCGUGCUCGUCGUCGACUGGGACGUGCAUCACGGCAACGGCACGCAGCAGGCCUUCUACGAGGACCCGGGCGUGCUCUACGUGUCGCUGCACCGCCACGACGACGGCAACUUCUUCCCGGGCACGGGCGCCGCCGACGAGUGCGGCGCCGGCGCCGGCCUCGGCUUCACGGUGAACGUGCCGUGGCCGGGUCGGCCGCCGCUGGCCGACGCCGAGUACCUGGCCGCCUUCCGGACGGUCGUCAUGCCCGUCGCCAAGGAGUACGACCCGGAGAUCGUGCUCGUGUCGUGCGGCUUCGACGCGGCCGCCGGCCACCCGGCGCCCAUGGGCGGCUACAGCGUGACGGCCGCGUGCUUCGCGCACAUGACGCGCGAGCUGAUGCAGCUGGCCAACGGCAAGGUGGUGCUGUCGCUCGAGGGCGGCUACGACCUGCCCGCCAUGUGCGACUGCGCCCAGGAGUGCGUGCGCGCGCUGCUCGGCGAGCGCAUCGCCGCGCCGCCGCUGAGCGAGCUGGCGCGGACGCCGGCGCCCCACGCCGUCGCGGCGCUGCGGGCCGUGGCGGCGGCGCAGGCGGCGCACUGGCCCGCGGUCGCGCGCUCGCUGCCCCUGGCCGCGCUGAGCGCGCUCGAGGCGGCGCCGGCCGUGGCGGGCGCGCGUCUCGGUUCGCUUCAGACCGAGAGGGACGCGGCGGACACGGCGGCCGCCAUGGCGACGCUGUCCAUGCACCAGCCGGCGCCGGCGGCGCCGAGCCGUUCCGGGAGCUCCCGCUCGGCGUCCGAGGAGCCGAUGGAGCAGGACGACGCCAAGUGAGGCGACGCCGCGGACCCGGCUGUCUCCCUGAGGCUCCCCGCCGCGGGAGCUCAUCUCCGAGCGAGGCGCUCCGCCCCGCCCGAGAGCCUCACAUUCCUCGCGGCCGCCCGACUCCACCCGAAAUGUCGAGUCGAUAGCUUCGA